CGUGCUCUAGCGUCCCGGCCGCUGAUUGGGCGCCGCAGACGGCCGGUUCCUGUGGCUGCCUGGCUGGGAUUUCCAGCGACCCUUCUCCGCUUUUCUGUUGUCCUCACGGUCCGAGCUCGCAUAGCUGAUGCAUGACCAUCAUCAUUUUGGCAGAAAGCUGUACUGCUUUUUACCAUGACCCUGUUGCUGGAUGGUACUACAGCAGCAGAGAUAGCCAAUAUUACGUCUACAAAAAUGGAAAUUACAUGCCAUUGACAACAGAUCUGGAAAAUGAACCCACAGCCAAUCAUCCAUAUGAUGAGGCCAACCAAGAUGUCUUGGAACACUCUUCAGGCUUGGAAACAACUAUACUUGACAAUGAGAAUGAAAUACCAGGACCUCCAUCAGAAUGGAUGGAGGAAACACUGAUAAACUUGUAUUUGUCAGGCUACUCAAACAAUGAAGUCAAUGCUGAAAGUUCACUAGUAAUCGCACAUUCAAAUGAGGAAGACAGAAUUGAAACAACCGGGAACAAACUAGAUAGCUUGACCUCGGACAGUGCUUCAGCCUCUCUGCAUGAUGCUACAUCACAGCAAACUGAAGUUGAAACAGAAACAAAGAAUUCCGCUUAUGUGUAUGAAUCUUUGGGGGAAGAGGAAGAGAAAUGGCACGCUCAGUAUGGUCAGGUCGAGAGGUCAAAUGAUGAUCAACAUUUACCUCCAACAAUUGAUAUAUGGGAUUGGGAUGUGGUCCAAGACCAUGUUAACAAAGGUCAGCCCGUGGUUAGGCUUGUGGGAUGUUUAUCUAGGGGUUCAAAUAAGCUUCAUCCUUCUCUUCCUACUCGUGGUGGCCUUGUAAGGACUGCUCCUGUGCGUGAAGUUCAUCUUGACCUCGUGCAAGUUUCAACAGUCUUAUUGUCAGGGAAGCUGUACAGGCUAAGGAACCCUAGCAGAAAGUACUUAGCCACUUUAUCCGCAUAUGACUCCUCCAACCCAACAAAGGAUUGGGGGUUUCCUGAUAUUAAUUUGAAUAAGCAAUCCACUGCAAAGUGCCAAUCUGAAGUUCUUGCUGAUAAAUCUUGUGGCGGAGGAAGUGUCUCAGCUGCUAAUACCAUGGAGCCGAACACAAAAGUUUACAGGGACAGAGCUGCUGAGAGAAGGAUCCUACAUCGUGGCUUAGGGGUUGGGCCUGGACAGAAGCAGAGUAACACCAACAAUUUCGAUGAAUACGAGGAAUCAAUCGAGGACAUGGAUUCAAUGGGAGUUGCGUCAGCUGAUUUGAAUUUCCAAUCCAGCGGUUUGCUUUCGGCUAAGAGAAUAAUGGAGAACAUGGGCUGGAAGCAGGGAGAAGCCCUUGGAAAAAGCAGAAAGGGCAUUGUAGAACCUAUACAGCCUUCCAUCAACAAACAUGGUGCCGGUUUGGGAUGGAGGCAAACCCGCUAAGAUGUUCCUUUGAAGAUUCCAGUCUUUGUAUUUGUAUCCUCUGAAGGUAAGUUCCAAUUGUAUCGAAUAAACCGGAGGGAACUGAAUUGAACUUGAUUCUAAAUUUUGCUGCUUCUCUCACACAGUUUUAAAAAGUUGCAACUUGUACUUAAAUGUGGUCUAUGUGUAUUAGCCUGUCAGAUUUGGUGUUCUUAAUUCAAGUGCAACUACAACGGAAGAAUUGAGGCAACUGACUUGUGCUUGCUGCUUAAAUCUGGCGUUUUUUUGGACAGCAGUAUAUUCACAGGCUUUCCCUUCUCAUUUUUCUUCUCAUGGGCACGAGAGUAAUCAGCUGGGGCUUUGUUCUUGUUCUUGUCACCACCUUGUCUGCUCCUCUUCUUAUAGAUGGGCUUUUUUAUCUUGUAUGAGCUAGCAUUUACUUCGAUGCUUUGCCAUUUGGAUGAGCAUUGAAGUUUGUCUUCACAACCUCAUCUUGUGCCUCAGCGACUUGCAUGACAUCGAUCAGUUCGUUGUAUGGAUUGUAAGCAUCUUGUAAGUAGUUGCGAGUACUUUAGAUAGCGCUCGGGUGGAAAGUAGAUAAGUCUUUUUCCUAUCUUUUCCUGAUCUGUGAUAACUUUAUCACAAAGUGACAAGUUGGUACAAAUUUGAUGUAAGGUUGAAUUAUAUUCAUCCACGGUUUUGUAACCAACAAACAUAAGGCAUGCCUAAUCUUGUUAUGCUUUGGGUUAGAUCAUGUACUUAAACUUCUCGAA